AUUGCCAUAUACUGGGGCCAAAAUGGCAAUGAAGGCACCUUGACCGAUACUUGUGCCACAAGUAACUACCAAUUCGUCAACAUAGCCUUCCUAACCACCUUCGGCAACGGCCAAACCCCGGUCCUAAACCUGGCCGGGCACUGCAACCCCACUGGCGGGGGCUGCAGCAGCCUAAACUCCGCCAUCAAGGCAUGCCAGGGCCGCGGCAUCAAGGUCCUCCUCUCCAUCGGCGGCGGGAGAGGGAGCUACUCGCUUUCCUCCGCCGCCGACGCAAGACAAGUCGCGGACUACCUCUGGAACAACUUCCUCGGCGGGCAGUCGGGUUCUAGGCCUUUUGGGGAUGCGGUGUUGGACGGGAUAGACUUCGACAUCGAGGCGGGUUCGGGGCAGUUCUGGGACGAGCUUGCCAAGUCUCUCAGCGGACGCAGCCAACAGUCGAAGGUGUACUUGGCAGCUGCGCCGCAGUGCCCUUAUCCUGAUGCCCAUCUUGAUGGGGCUAUAAAGACUGGCCUCUUUGACUAUGUUUGGGUUCAGUUCUACAACAACGCUCAGUGCCAUUAUGCCGGCAAUGCUGACAAUCUUUUGAAAGCGUGGAACCAGUGGACUUCAAGCCAGGCCAAGCAGGUGUUCUUGGGGCUGCCGGCGUCGGAGGCAGCGGCCCCGAGCGGCGGAUUUAUUUCUGCUGCUGUUCUCACUUCUCAGGUUCUUCCGAAGAUUAAGGGGUCUGCCAAGUAUGGAGGAGUCAUGCUUUGGAGCAAAUACUAUGAUAAUGGUUAUAGCGCAGCCAUA